GAGAAAUGGAGGAGCCAAAGAACAUUAAGGAUGAAUUCAGGAAGACCCGAGACCAUGGAGCACUUGCCUGCUCUCUACAUUAUUUUCCAAGGAGAGAUUGCUAUGGUUACAGACUAUGGAGCCUUCAUCAAAAUCCCUGGCUGUCAGAAGCAAGGUCUGGUCCAUCGAACUCACAUGUCAUCCUGUCGUAUGGAUAAGCCUUCUGAGAUAGUGGAUGAUGGAGGCAAAGUAUGGGUGAAGCUUAUUGGCCGGGAGAUGAAAAAUGAUAGGAUAAAAGUAUCCAUAUCCAUGAAAGUCAUCAACCAAGGAACUGGGAAAGACCUUGACCCCAACAACGUUAUCAUUGAGCAAGAAGAGAGGCGGCUGCAGUCCUUCCAGGAUUACACUGGGCAGAAGAUCACCCUCGAGGCUGUCUUGAACACCACCUGCAAGAAGUGUGGCUGCAAAGGCCACUUUGCAAAGGAUUGUUUUAUGCAACCAGGAGGGACCAAGUAUUCUCUGAUACCUGAUGAGGAAGAGGAGAAGGAAGAGGCAAAGUCAGCAGAGUUUGAGAAGCCUGACUCCACAAGGAAUUCUUCUAGAAAAAGAAAGAAGGAAAAGAAGAAAAAAACCCAUGGAGACAGGAAGUUGUCUGAGUCUGACAGCUCAGACUCUGAGAGUGACACAAGCAAGAGGGCAAGGCACACAUCAAAAGACAGCAAGGCAGCAAAGAAGAAGAAGCAGCACAGGGAAUAAGAGUGGAAAGAGUAGAGGGGGUGGUGAGAGGAGGAGGAACCAGGAGCCUUGUGCCUUGAAGCCCUGGCUCCCGGAAAGACUCAGUAGUGUGAAUGUGGCCUCUCACCCCACUGAUUUCACCCGCGGGAGAUGGCUUGCCCUUAUGCAGCAGGCAGGUUUGGGAGUUAGAUGUCAAAGCAUCUUCCUGAAUGAGUUAACUUAUCAUUCCUGGUCCCUUUGCAAGUGACCCCUGCAGCUCACCCAUUCAUUCACUCAACUUCCUUCAUUCAGCAGGAGUUCCUAUUACCCUCUCCAGCUGCCACUGCCAGAGCCAGAUUCACAGGACUCCUGCACGGGGGUCCAGGCUGCAGCCACAGGUACUGCUGUGGAGGCGAGUCUGGCUGUAGUUGAGAGAACAGUGACGGGGCCCCCUGUCGGGUCUGCCCUGGGUUGAUUGGUGAGUGAUCCCUGCGGCGUCCGACCCAGGGGCCCCAGGGGCCGAGGGAGACCGGCAGGCGGAGGGAGAACGGGAGAACGUGGUAAGAAGUGGUGCUCACUUUCUCCAUUCCCCCAGCGUGAUUCUACCAGGCUACAAGGACAGCCCGAAAACAAUUGUUUGCAGCACCUGAGCUUGUGUGGGACACUCGGCCAGACCACUGAACCACAUAGCUCAAGCCAAGAUCAUUGCUUUACUUUGUAUUUACUACUGUGUGAGUCAAUCGGUUCCACUGCAGGUCUCUGCCUAAAUUCCUGGCAUAAAUGGAAAAAAAAAAGAUUUUAUUUAUUUAUUCUAAGAGACACACAGAAAGAGAGGCAGAAACAUAGGCAGAGGGAGAAGUAGGCUCCAUGAAGGAAGCCUGAUGUGGGACUCGAUCCAGGCAUUCAGGGAUCAUGGCCUGACCCAAAGGCAGAUGCCCAAACCACUGAGAUACCCAGGCAUCUCUUACCCCCAGGUUUUAAUCGUUCUAUGUAUCAUGCGAUUUGGUAAUUGGGUCAUGUUAUAUUUCCCAGUCAUUAUCAACUCUCCGCUUAGGGACUCAAAUGACAGAAUGACAGAAGGGAUGCCUGGAUGUCUCAGUAGUUGAGCCUCUGCCUUUGGUUCAGGGCGUGAUCUCGGGGUCCUGGGAUCAAGUCCUACAUUGGGCUCCCUGCAUGGAGCCUGCUUUUCCCUCUGUCCAUGUCUCUGCCUCUCUUUCUGUGCCUCUCAUGAAUAAAGAAAUAAAAUCUUAAAAAAAAAAAGAAAGAAUGAAUGACAGAAGGAGUAUUGUUUUAUAAAUUGCCAGGCAAUUAUUUAUGGUAACUUUAAAAUUAUCACUUUAAAAUAUGUAUUAUACAAAUCAGACUGGACCUUUAUUCUUUAACACUGACCACUAGCUGUCUGGAUUAAUAUAGUCAUCAAUUGCAGCAUGUAGGCCUUGAAUCUUAUGGAAU